UAAUAGCUGAAGCUGUAAAGAAUCUAACACACCAUGGAAGAAAGGCAAAAUGUGAAUCGCAUACCAGAAUACCGCCCCAUCCACCAAGAGGGCUAUCUUGGUGCUGGCAGUAGCAACGUGUCAUCUGAAGGGCCGCAAGAAACUCUUCAGCUGAAGAAGGAAAUCUCUUUGUUAAAUGGGGUUAGCCUUGUAAUAGGCAAUAUGAUUGGAUCGGGGAUCUUUGUUUCUCCAAAGGGGGUCCUGUUCCACAGUGCCUCCUAUGGGCUAUCACUUGUGGUGUGGGCCAUUGGGGGUAUCUUCUCAGUGGUUGGUGCCCUCUGUUAUGCAGAGCUGGGAACCACCAUCACCAAAUCUGGAGCCAGCUAUGCUUACAUUCUGGAAGCCUUUGGGGGCUUCAUUGCCUUUAUCCGUCUGUGGACCUCACUGCUAAUCAUUGAGCCCACAAGCCAGGCCAUCAUUGCCAUCACUUUUGCUAACUACAUUAUCCAGCCUAUAUUUCCUUCUUGUGAGCCACCAUACAUAGCUUCUCGUCUGCUUGCUGCUGCUUGUAUAUGUCUGCUGACAUUUGUGAACUGUGCGUAUGUGAAGUGGGGGACGCGUGUACAGGAUGUGUUCACCUAUGCCAAGGUUCUUGCCCUUAUUGCUAUCAUCGUCACAGGCCUUAUAAAACUGUGCCAGGGACAUUCUGAGCACUUUCAGGAUGCAUUUCAGGGCGCUUCCUGGGAUAUGGGAAACCUCUCUCUCGCCCUGUAUUCUGCCCUCUUCUCUUACUCAGGUUGGGACACCCUUAAUUUUGUAACAGAGGAAAUAAAAAACCCAGAAAGGAACUUGCCUCUGGCUAUUGGGAUUUCUAUGCCUGUUGUGACACUCAUCUAUAUCUUGACCAAUGUGGCCUACUAUACAGUGUUGGAUAUCCAGGCUGUGCUGGGGAGUGAUGCCGUGGCUGUGACAUUUGCUGACAAGGUGUUUGGCGUAUUUAGCUGGACAAUUCCUAUUGCUGUUGCCUUUUCCUGCUUUGGAGGCCUCAACGCGUCCAUCUUUGCUUCAUCGAGGUUGUUCUUUGUGGGUUCUCGAGAAGGUCAUCUCCCCUAUCUUCUAUCCAUGAUUCACAUUGAACGCUUCACACCUGUUCCUGCUUUGCUCUUCAAUUGCACCAUGACCAUCAUCUACCUCAUUGUGAAGGAUGUCUUCCUGCUUAUCAACUACUUUAGCUUCAGUUACUGGUUCUUUGUGGGCUUAUCAGUUGUAGGGCAGCUCUACCUCAGGUGGAAGGAGCCAGAAAGGCCUAGACCCCUCAAGCUGAGCCUGUUUUUCCCUAUUGUUUUCUGCGCAUGCUCUGUUUUCCUGUUGGUUGUACCCCUUUACAGUGAUACUAUCAACUCUCUGAUUGGCAUUGGAAUUGCUUUUUCUGGCAUCCCAGUAUACUUUGUGGGUAUCUACUUGCCUGCAUCCAAGAAACCACUCUUUAUUGGGAAGAUUCUGGCUGCUAUCACUAAGGCCACACAAUUACUCUGUCGCUGCGUCCUGACUGAACUGGACUUAAGUGAAGAAAGGAAAACUGAAAGAAAAUCUGACUAGGGGCCAGAGGCUUCUUCCUCUAAGGCCAGGAAAACCAGCUGCACAUGGGCCAUCAAAGCCCAGGUGACUGCAUAGCCAGGAAAUAGGACAGCAAAACCUCCUGAGGGUGGGGAAGAGUCUUCUACAGUCUGGAGCUCAAUUUUCCCACAUGGCAGUCCUCUCCUGGAAUGAAACUCCAAACCCCUAUGUUGACAUUUGACAGGCUUAGGGGGGAGUCUGUGGAAUGAUGGUAGAGGAAAAGGGAAUGUUGGGGAGACCAUACUGGUAAGAAAAAAAAAAAGUUGGUAGGAGGAAGAGGGCAUGCUGUCGAGGAGAUAGAUGUGGAGUCUAGAAAGAGCACAUAACCUUCUCCUCCUGGAGCCAGACAGUAAUAAGCCAGAUUCCAGUAGAAGAACUGGGUCACAUCUUCAAUCUCCUAAGUCAGAAGUUUGGAUUUGGUCAGAGUAAAGCUAUUUUAAAACCUAGAAUCCUUCCCCACCCCACCUUCCCUCCUCCCUCUCCCUCACUGAGAACUCUUGCCAUCAU